ACUCUUUUGAAUGGGGCACUCCUCUUCACUUUUCCUCUCUGCCUGGUGGAGUGUGUGUGGAGACAGUGCUGAAAAGUGUGUGUGAGGAGUGUAGUGGCAGAGUGGACAUGUCACAGUUCACUCAGGGAGUUUAAUCAAGUGGGUGGACGUGGUCAAGAUUUGACUUUAUGGCUAAAAUUAGGACCUCGUUUGGAGUUUUGUUUUUGUUGACCCUCUUGGUGGUCUACUCUGAUGCUUGGUUCUGGGACUGGACUGGUACUACUACUAUGCCCCCAACAGUGGACCAUGAGGGAUCUGGCAGUUCAGAAGGUAGUGGAGAACCUUCAUCAGAGAAUAUCGCAAUGGUUCGAUCUGAGAUGAUCGAUGAGGGACAAGGGAUCCAAAAGGUUGUGCCGACAUGGGACCAGACCACUGAGGGACUUCGACUGACCACUGUAGAACCUACAACAGAACCAGAGAGUGGUGGUACAUCAGAAAAGGGAACAGAAGGGAUUUCAUCACACAUUCGUAAACCUGGUAAUGGCAAAUCUUCUAUAAAGGAAGAAAGUGGAGUCACCCUGCUCCAGCUGAUUGGGGACCCCCCCCCCAGCACCAUCACACAGGUCUUCGGGCCUGACAGCAGCCCUGGCUAUGUGUUCGGCCCCGAUGCCAACUCAGGUCAGCUGGCCCGCACCUACCUGCCGAGCCCCUUCUACCGAGACUUCGCCCUCAUCUUCAACCUGAAACCCACCUCCGAAAGGGGCGGCACCAUCUUCUCCAUCACUGAUGCCGCUCAGCAGAUCAUGUACGUGGGUGUGAAGCUGUCCGCGGUGCAGGGGGGGAACCAGUACGUCAUCCUGUACUACACGGAGCCCGACUCCCAGCAGUCCUACGAGGCGGCCCGGUUCCUCGCGCCCUCCAUGAAAGACACCUGGACUCGCUUUGCCAUCGCUGUGAGGGACGACAAGGUGAUGUUCUACCUGAACUGUGACACGGACCCUCAGGUGAUGCGCCUGGAGAGAUCCCCCGACGAGAUGGAGCUGGAGGCCGGCGCCGGGGUCUUUGUGGGGCAAGCUGGAGGAGCUGAUCCCGAGAAGUUUCUGGGGGUGAUCGGGGAGCUGAGGAUUGUGGGAGACCCCCGCGCUGCUGAGAGGCACUGCGAGGAGGAUGGAGACGACUCAGAUAUGGCUUCAGGUGAUGGAAGUGGCGAUGAGGAGAGGAAUUCAAGACCAGCUGGGGAGACGCUCAGAUGGACGACCACUCCUCCCUCUUCCCGGCCCAUCCAGCAGCCUCCACUCUCCAAGAAGGACGAGAUGCUCACGGAAAGAGACACAGGGGCUAAAGGAGAGAAGGGCAGCCAGGGGAACUCAGGCCUGAAAGGAGACAGGGGUCCGAUCGGGCCGAAGGGAGAGACCACCUCCAGCUCUGGCUCCGGAUCACGGGGGGGAAGCCGUGGAGAAAAGGGAGAACUGGGGGAGAAGGGAUUAAAGGGCAGCGCCGGCUUCGGCUACAUCGGAAAGAAGGGAGAGCCGGGCCCUGCUGGCCCCGUUGGCCCCCCCGGCCCGCCAGGGGCCGCAACUGAGGUUACAGUCGGCGGUGACGGCUCAGUGGCUUCCAGAGCCCCCGCACCCCGAGGACCAGCUGGACCCCCGGGCACAUCAGGCCCAGAGGGACCACCGGGGACUGAUGGAGAGCCAGGUGAUCCUGGUGAGGAUGGAAAAACCGGCCUUGAGGGACCCCCUGGCUUCCCAGGAACCCCGGGUGAUCCUGGACUUAAAGGAGACAAGGGAGACCGUGGAGAUGGUCAGCCCGGCCCCAGGGGUCCACCAGGACUUCCCGGUCCAGGAAUCAGAUCUACCUUUGUGGACAUGGAAGGCUCAGGGUUCCCUGAUCUGGAAUCUGUUCGGGGACUGCCUGGCCUACAAGGUCCCCCUGGUCCCCCAGGGGCUCCUGGUCCCUCUACAACAGGCACAGCAUCGAGUUCUGGGGCUUUCGGACCCCCAGGAAAGGACGGUGCGGCUGGUCAACCUGGCCUGCCUGGUAUUCCAGGGACUGACGGCAGCCCAGGAGCGUCUGCUCCCAAAGGAGAAAAUGGUGAUGCAGGCGAGCUGGGUCUUCCAGGAGCAAUUGGACAGAAGGGGUCUGGAGGAGACCCAGGGGUACAAGGUGAUCCAGGAGAGACCGGACUGGCUGGUCUGCCCGGACCCCUCGGACCAGUCGGAAAGCCGGGGCCUCCCGGGCCCCCUGGAUCCAGCUACCGUGUCGGAUUUGAUGACAUGGAGGCCUCUGGUGGAGGUUUCAACAACGGACUUCCUGGUGCCAGAGGACCUGAAGGAAGACAGGGUUCUUCUGGCUUGCCUGGACUUCCUGGUAAAUCUGGGCUGCCUGGUAUCCCCGGUCAGAAGGGCAGUGAAGGGUCCCUCGGAAGAGACGGACAGCCCGGGCUGGACGGCUUCCCCGGACCUCAGGGACCAAAGGGUGACGGUGGUGACAAAGGAGACAGGGGUGAGCCAGGUCGGGAUGGAUCCGGACUCACUGGCCCCCCCGGCCCACCUGGACCCCCGGGACAAAUCAUCUACCAGACUGAUGGCAAUGCCGGCGGUGUGGCUGGUGAUGUUGGGCGGACGGGAGAAAAUGGUUUACCUGGUCAAGCUGGAUUCCCUGGUCCUAUUGGGCCAAGGGGUAACAGAGGAGAACCGGGUGUUCCAGGCUAUGGAGUGAAGGGUGAGAAAGGUGAACCAGGCUUAGUGAUUGGACCUGAUGGAAGUCUGUUGCAUCUGGAUGGUCUAUCGGGGCAGAAGGGAGACAUUGGACCACCUGGAUCUGUUGGACUCGCUGGCCCGUAUGGUCCUUCUGGAAUAAAGGGUGAAUUUGGAAUGCCUGGAAGACCUGGUCGUCCUGGUGUGAACGGGUACAAAGGAGAGAAAGGAGAUACAUCAGGAGGUUCUGGCUAUGGCUACCCAGGAGUGCCUGGCCAACCAGGACCACCUGGACCCCCCGGACCAACCUCACCCUUUGAUCGCUUCAAUCGCUAUGACGACACUUCAAGGAAUUACCCAGCAACUAAAGGAGACAAAGGAGAGCAAGGUGACCAUGGACUGCCGGGAAUCCCAGGAACAGCCCCUAACUUUGAUAUUUACGCAUUCAAGAAUGAGCUGAAGGGUGAGCGUGGAGACGUGGGUGUAAAGGGAGAAAAGGGAGAGCAGAGUGGAGGAUAUUAUGACCAACGUUUUGGAGGAGUACAAGGACAACCGGGGCCACCUGGUAAACCGGGUCUAGAGGGUCCAAAGGGAGACUCUGUAAUGGGACCUCCUGGACCCCAGGGGCCACCAGGAACCCCAGGGAUUGGUUACGAUGGGCGUCCAGGUGUUCCAGGACCCCCUGGACCUCCAGGACUUCCCACACUUCCCGAAACAUACAGGCCCAAUAACCCCGUCAGUAUUCCUGGACCUCCCGGUCCUCCUGGCCAACCAGGAAGUUCGGCCCUCUCCUCUGGGGUUACUGUGCUGAGGUCAUAUGAAACAAUGGUAGCUACCGCCAGACGCCAGUCCGAGGGCAGCCUCAUCUACAUCCUCGACAAAGCAGACCUCUAUCUGAGAGUACGCGAUGGACUGCGCCAAGUCAUGCUUGGAGAUUACAACCCUUUCUUCAGAGAUCUGGCGAACGAGGUGGCAGAGGUCCAGCCCCCCCCUGUGAUCGUGUACCCCGACACCCAGGAUCAGUCCCAGAACAACGGAGCGGGCCAUUACUCCCAUGGGGGUCCAGUCAUACGACCCAUUGAGCCCUCAUCACAGCCACCUGUGAAUCCCCGAUACCCCCCACAGUAUGAUCCCAGAUUCCCAGACCCGAGACAGACAGGUCACACAGACGGACGGUUCGUCCCCCACCAGACUGACAACAGAUACUCUGUAACUCCAAGGAGACCCAGCCCCCCGAUCCCGCAGCCUGCCGUCCCCGCGGAGCCCUCAGCAUCAGGACUUCAUAUCAUCGCCUUGAAUGCCCCUCAAACUGGCAACAUGCGAGGGAUUCGUGGAGCCGACUUCCUGUGCUUCCAGCAGGCCCGCGCUGUGGGCCUGAAGGGAACCUUCAGAGCCUUCCUGUCCUCUAAGCUCCAGGACCUGUACACCAUCGUCCGCAGGGCCGACCGCGACAACUUCUCCAUCGUCAACCUCAAGGACCAAGUGUUGUUCGACAGUUGGGAGUCAAUGUUUGGUGACAACACGAACAAAAUGAGGGAGAAUGUACCGAUCUAUUCCUUCGAUGGUAGAGACACUCUCAGAGACAGCGCAUGGCCAGAGAAAAUGGUCUGGCAUGGAUCAAACAACAAAGGCCACCGGCAAACAGACCACUACUGUGAAACAUGGCGGACGGGCGACCACGCCGUGUCUGGCCUGGCGUCGUCACUACAGAGCGGACAGCUCCUGCAGCAGAGCUCCAGCAGCUGCUCCGGAUCCUACAUCGUCCUCUGCAUCGAGAACGCCUUCACAACACACUCCAAAAAAUAAAUCCCGUCCAUACCCCCUUUUAUUUUCUUUGUUCUGGGCCCUAGUUAAACACAGAUUUAAUUCCCGAGAACACGCCUGGUGAACAUGUGGCGUCCAAUGAACUGGCCCUGUGGCUCUUUGCCUGGCAGAGACGCUUCGCCUGCUCCUCCCCUCCACAAACGCCAAAGAGAUGGGUCGAACAGGGGGGUGUUGGGCCUUUUUCUCUGGGACUUUGGCACAUAUUUUCUCCAAGGGGCGAAACGAGAGCGGAGAAGCUUCUCAAAUUGUAUCCAUUUUUUUCAAAUUCUGUAUAUUACAUGUUUGUUGUUUGUGAUUUUUUUUUUUUUUUUUAACGUUAUCAUUGUUUUACCUUUGAGCUGUUUAUAAAAAUGCUAUAUCCAUCCUGUUAUUUUUUAUUUUAGGUAUUGACCAUUUCCAUAUUUUCUCCAAUUUCAUUUUAGAAUUGUGGGUUAUGAUGGGGAACAGCAAACUUUUAAAGACUAUUUUAAAGAAGAUAAUAGAUAUUUAUUUUUAAAUGAAGUUAUGUAAGGAAAAAAAAUGAUUUAAAAAAGCUAAAUACCCUCUUUUAUAUUAUACGCAGAACAGAACAUUUAAUUACUUUCAAAAGAGCACCUGAACAUAAACUGUGCCUUAUUAAACAACUAGGACUGCUUUGCAAAACAAGUUCAUAUGGGAACCAUCCUUUGUAUUCCACACAUAUGAAAAUAUUGUGUUUUUUGCUCGGGUACAUUCAGUUGCUUUCCCUUCACACCACAUUUAAAUGACCUUGUUGGACAUGGACACUAAUGUAAUGAAUAAUCCCACAUCCAGAGGGCUAGAUUCCGUCUAGCUGAAAUUGAGCCUUUUGAAUCUGAAAUAAUUUUCCUUUUACCACUUCAUUAAAAGCGACUAGUGAGUAAGCUGGAAAUGAUUAGUUUGCUGCUAAUCUAUCUGGAGUGAUUGCUGUCCUGGGUUUUAGGGACAGAAAAAACGUCCGUUAAGGAGAUGUUUUAGCCUUGUAUGCAUUUCAGACACUAACCUGGCCGUAGAGCUCCUGAUGUCUUGAUGAACCUGUGGAUAUCAUUUUUUUAUAACAAAUUGUGCUGUACUGUUACUCCCAGGCACUGAAUAAAAGUCUUUUUCAACUACAACAAUCA